AUGGACUUAACCCCAACACCAACACAAACACCAACACCAUCAACAACACCAACACCACUACCAACCAUUUUAACAACAUCUACAACAACCUUUACAAAAUCACCAGAACAUGAAACCGAAACACCCACCAAAAUCACCACUCCCACUACAACCACAACCUCAAAAAUCUCAUCUUUUUCCAACGGUGUUCUCAAACGCCUCCACAACCACCACCACCACCACAACCUUAACAACCACCACAACAACAACCUCGUAACUGUUACUUACAAAGAAUGUCUCAAAAACCACGCAGCAAACCUAGGUGGUCACGCCCUCGACGGAUGCGGCGAGUUCAUGACAUCCCCCACCGCAACAUCCGCCGACCCAACAUCCUUAAAAUGCGCUGCCUGUGGCUGUCACCGUAAUUUCCACCGCCGUGAACCCGAAGAGCCACCACUCUCCACCACCACGCAUGUAAUCGAAUAUCAACCUCACCACCGUCAUCAACCUCUCCCACCUCCGCCGUUCUCCACCCGCAGCCCGAAUUCCUCCUCUCCACCUCCGAUCUCCUCAACUUACUACCCCUCCGCCCCUCACAUGCUCCUCGCCCUCUCCACCGCCUUGCCGGAAAACGUCUCUGCUCCUAACUCCGCCAUGAUCUCUCCUGGCUCCCACUCUAGAAAACGCUUCCGAACUAAAUUCACUCAAGAUCAGAAAGAAAAGAUGCUGAAAUUCGCUGAGAAAGUUGGUUGGAAGAUGCAAAAGAAAGACGAAGAUUAUGUUCAUGAAUUCUGCAACGAAAUCUGUGUUGAUCGAAGUGUUCUCAAAGUUUGGAUGCACAACAACAAAAACACUUUCGCCAAAAAAGACAACAACCUUAACAACAUCGACAACAACCUUAACAACAUCGACAACAACCUUAUCAACAUGAACAAUGAGGUUAAUGUUGGUGUCAAGAGUUUCAUGCCGCUUGAGAAUGAAGAACACAACAUCAAUAACAUCAAUAAAGGUGAAACGAAACUUGAGAUUCAUACUCAUAAUCAUAAUCAUCACUACCAGAAUGAUGUUGGAGUAACUGUUCGUGCUAAUGGUUCAUCUUCUUCUUGA